AUAAUAAAUUAGCUCUUCAACCAACAUUGUCAUAAAUGACAAUAAAACUCGGGUUAUGUGAGUUGUCAUGCAAACAAUCAGAAAAACUUGUGCAAAGUCCUGCAGAAUUUGGCAAAAACCCCAUUUGGCAGUAGCAGCCCCAGUUCUCCAGCCACUAUCAAGAUUUAAUCAGAUUCACACGGACACAAACAAAAUGGUGAAGUUCCUGGGGCAAGAGGAAGCAAUAAACAUCGAUGUGGAGCUGUUUAACGAAUAUAAAUACUCAGUAGACCAGCUGAUGGAGCUGGCAGGGCUCAGCUGUGCAGUGGCUGUAGCUAAAUGUUACCCCCAAGCAUCAAUAGGCAACAAAUCAGUGCUGGUUUGCUGUGGACCUGGCAACAACGGGGGUGACGGGCUGGUUUGUGCGCGGCAUUUGAAGCUUUUCCACUACAGCCCAGUGGUUUACUACCCGAAGCAAACCAAUAAGGAACUGUAUCAGAACCUCACCCAUCAGUGCACUUCCAUGAACAUUCCUGUCCUAAAGUCAUUGCCAGAGAGCAGCAAAUUCGAAACUGACUAUGGCUUGAUAGUGGACGCUCUAUUUGGCUUCAGCUUCAAGCCCCCAGUUCGAGAGGACUUUGUGCCAGUGAUUGGUUUAAUGAAAACCACCUCAGUCCCGAUUGCCAGUGUGGAUAUUCCAAGUGGAUGGAACGUGGAAAGUGGAGAACCCGAGGGAGGUGGCAUUAAGCCCGAGCUUCUCAUCUCGUUGACAGCGCCGAAAAAAUGCGCUUCCCAUUUUCAGGGCACGCACCAUUAUUUGGGCGGCCGGUUUGUUCCCCCUAAGCUAGCUGACAAAUACCAACUGGAUCUUCCAGAGUAUUCUGGCACCGACUGCUGUGUCCCUUUAAAUGUUUAAGUCUCUUAAGGUGAAAAUAAAGUUGUUUGCUUACG